GAGGAAGAAGAAGAAGAAGGAGUCUUAUAUCUUCCUAGGAGCAAAGUGAAUGGAGUUUUCUUGCAAUUACAUGCUUCUAAUUCAUAGCUGUGUCUAUAAUAGUUAAGGCUGCCAGAACUCUUAUCUGUCUGGGAUUUGGAGUCUCACUGUGCUGCUGUCGCUUACAUUGCCUUCAGAUGAGCAGUGUAACAAAGCUUCUCAUUUUACUGAAAUAGCACAUGUCAUAUAGCAUAUGUAUUUUUGUAUAGUUAACCUAUGUGAUCGAACUCUUUCUCCUUUACUGAGUAAAAUCAUGGAACCACAGAAUUUUUAAAUUUGAAGAGACUUUAGAACAGUGUACUUUAUGUCCCUCUACUCAGAUUUUCUCAAGGGUCUGCUGUUAAUUAAGUGACUGUGACUAGAACUGUCAGUAUUAACAUUGGAGAGACAAUCAUUUGUAGCCUAUAGUUACAUUCCAUUCUUGGAACUUCUUUCUCUAAGACUUCAAGGCAGAAGGAAGUGACAUCACACUUGUGAAGGGAGACAGAAACCAUGAUAACAUAGACACUCAGGUCCCCAUGCUUCAUCAGAUCUUUCUGCCAGGCAGAGCCACUACAAGAAAUAUCAAGGUGACCAAAUUGAGGGGAACAAAGACUUCAGUCCUUAAUCUGCCUUUAUAUGAACCCUGAAGCAAAGGCUAUCCCUAUAUACUGAAGAGUUGGGGCUGUGGCACUUAAAGAGGAGGAAAACCAUGAACACAGCAUAGAAAAUGGCAGAUGUACAACAGCGGCCUCCUGAACAUCACCAAGGUGUCUUUUUCAGAUCGAGGUAAAUACACGUGUGUGGCUACCAAUGAUUAUGGCGUUGUAAACAACACAGUCACCCUGCGGGUCAUCUUCACUUCGGGAGACAUGGGUGUCUACUAUAUGGUGGUCUGCCUUGUGGCCUUCACCAUUGUUAUGAUCCUCAACAUCACCCGCCUGUGCAUGAUGAGCAGCCACCUGAAGAAGACUGAGAAAGCCAUCAAUGAGUUCUUUAGGACAGAAGGCGCCGAGAAGCUGCAGAAGGCAUUCGAGAUUGCCAAGCGGAUCCCCAUUAUCACCUCAGCCAAAACUCUUGAGCUUGCCAAAGUGACCCAGUUCAAAACCAUGGAGUUUGCCCGCUACAUUGAAGAGCUGGCACGUAGCGUGCCGCUGCCUCCACUCAUCAUGAACUGUAGAACCAUCAUGGAGGAAAUCAUGGAAGUGGUGGGGCUGGAAGAGCAGGGCCAAAAUUUUGUACGCCACACACCCGAAGGCCAGGAGGCUUCAGACAGAGAUGAGGUGUACACCAUCCCCAACUCUCUAAAACGAAGUGACUCUUCUACUGCGGAUUCAGACACCUCAUCACUGCAUGAACAGCCUCAGCAGAUUGCCAUCAAGGUAUCCAUUCACCCACAGUCUAAAAAGGAUCAUGCAGAUGAUCAGGAAGCUGCACACCUUGAAGUCAAAGAUGAAGAGGAGACUGAGCCCUCAGCUGAACACUCCGCAGAAACUGCAGAGCCUUCCACUGACAUGACCUCCACAGAGCUGACUUCAGAAGAGCCCACUCCCGUGGAGGUAUCAGAUAGAGUCCUACCGCCAGCCUACCUGGAAACUCCAGAACCAGCAGUGGCACAAGACAAAAACACCUGCAUUAUUUAUGAAAGCCAUGUCUAAUAGCAUCUCUGAAAAAGCUAUGCAUAUCAAGAAAAUCAGGGGCUGCUCCUCAUAGUACAGAUGUAGUCUGCACUUGCCACUAAGCCUUACCAGGAGACUCUCAUCCCUUAGGUAGGAGUGAUGCCAUUUCUAAAGAGGGAAACAUCUGCAUGCAGUUUCCAUGGCUAGAAAUUUCCCCCAUAGAAAAAGAAGUGCAAGAAACAUCAGGGUGCAGAAUGGAUAAGAUUAUACAGAAGGUGUUCCAUCCAUGUGAUACAAAUUCUUAAGGCUAGUUUCUGCCAAAUAUCUUUAAUUAAUGAUAGCCUUUUUGGCAAAAAGUACACUACUAUAAGAUAUUCUGAGUUCAUGAACCUUGCACACUGCAUUGCUUUUCCUUUUGAAAAUCAUAGGUCUGCUUCAGUAGCAAAUGCAUAUACAUGGGUUGCACUUUGUUCUCAAUUUUUAUUACUUUUCAUUGUCCCUUUAUAAUGGAGUGGUUGUUGCAAAAUUAAUCCUAAUUGCUUUCUGUUUUUAAAUUCUCUUUGCUACUUUGUCCUUAUUUUCUCCUAGAACAUUUACCUCAGAAGCUUUGGUAUCAGUCACCAAUACCAAGGCUGACAUCCAUAAGUCAUUUGUAAUAUUCAAAAGUAGCUACUAGACUUAAUAUUUUUUCAUGUCCCAGGCCUAUUUUCAUACAUUACAUUGUUGGUUCCAAUGAAGCUGCUGUUGUGAAACUGAGAAAAAUUUUGCCUGAGGAUAGCACUUUAAUAGUCAAAUAAAUAUGUUUACUUGCCCAAUUCUGGGAGCCUUUUGAUGAGCUCAACUGAAAUAUGGAAAGAGAUGGUAAAUUAUGUAGUAUAAAGUAACCCAUACUACCCAUGGAAACUGCAAUUUACAUUUAAAUAUCAUCACCUCCCAAACAGACUGAUUCUUUAUAUGGAAAUGUUACUGAUCCCAAAGGCAAGAGUUGCUUGUUGAAUUUCUGUAGGGUAGUAUAAUACUACUGCCCAAAAAGGACUUGAAGGGACCAUAUGCCCCCUUAAGUAACCCAAACACCUGAUUUGAGGCAGCACACAUUAGAAUCUGUGAAGUUUUCUAAGGUUCACUUCUAAAAAAAUGCUUAAUGAAUCCCAGCUGUCCUUCUGUCUUAGACAUUUAUGGAAGGCAGUCUGACAUGACAUGGUGUUUGGUCAGAUAUCGCUUGUAUAGACAUACCUCAAAGAUAUCACUGGUCCCAGAUCACUACAACAAAAAGAAUUUAAUGGUAAAUAAAGCUGAUCACAGAAACUUUAGGUUUUCCAGUGCAUUUAAAAAGUAUGUGUACACUAUACUUAACUACAGACUGGUAAGUGUACAAUAGCAUUAUUGCUGUCUGGACCUCUGGACCAAGAUUUUUACAUACUUGAGCUGCAGAAAAAUUAUCUCUAACACUUAGAAUGUAAACAUGUCCCACUGGUCACUGAUGUCAACAAAUGUUUAUGAUAGAUUUAUAUGCCUGAAGCAACAACACAGACUUAAAUUCAUUUUUGUGAAAUUAUGUGGAUUUUUUCCUUUUCUAUUUUCAUUCCACUCAAACAUGUAUAGAUUUCCACAUGGAGAUAAUAGGAGGGGUCAUCUAUUCCCUGUAGACUUUGACUAGAGAUUAACAGUUAAAGAUGGGCAAAUAUUUUCUGAAGCAGAAACAGAAAUAUGUGACCAAAGAAUGUUUCCAGUUUGGUUCUAGGUUCUUUUAGACUACAGGAGGGGUUUUAUUGAUUUUUAAAAUGCACCCUCCUUGAAGGGAUCACAAAACUGAUAUAAUAACCAACUUUAGAGGGAAGGUGAAUUAUAAUAGAUUGAAUUAUAAAAUUAUAAUUAUAUAACAUUACAUAAUGAUAAAGUUCUCCUUAUAGAAAUCGACAUUCUUUCUACCCUACGGCUUCUUUACUACACAAGAAAGGAUCUUGUACUAGAAUAUAAAAUAUAGAAAACCCUCAUGACUUGAGCCAACUUUUCAAAGAUAAACUGUUCUGCUUCAUAGAAAUUUGUAGAAAUAAGUCUGUAUGUGUGAGCAUGUGCUCAUGUUAAAUGCAUUAUACGUUUUUUAAAGUUUCACAUUAAAGCUCAUGCCUCAUUCCUUGGGUCUUAAGUAGUCAUUCUCAGAAUCAAAACAGUUUCUGAAUCAUCUAGUCAUAUGUACCUCUUGUAGGUUUUUUCUUGAGGUUCUGAAAAUGGUUUAGAUUAUGUGCAUAUUUAAUUCACUCAAAAGAUCUGUAAUAUUGGAUGAUAUUUAUUCUGAAUGGAAGAAAACAAUUUUAUACUGAAAAUCUAUGUAAUUUAUAAUGGUUUUGUUUAAUAUAUUAUAUUUUCAUAUCUUUAAGGCACAUCUACUAUUCUCAUCUUUUUGUAUCUCAUACUGGCAAAAAUAUACUAAUACUUGAUUAAAAUCUCUAGGAACCAAAUGUGACAUAUAAUGUAUAGAUAUUGCUCUAGAAAAUACCUGAAUGUUCUCACUCAUCCCAGGCAUUAUUGUGCUAUACCCACACAUCCAGGAUGAUUUGUCUCGAAAGCUUAUGUGCAUUCUUUUAUUUAAACCUUAAGACUGACAUCCCAUAAAUGGAUUCUGGAAUUUCGUUUCCUUUUGCUUUUUAUUAUUUGAUUUUCACUUGUAGAAGUUCAUGUUGUCCAGUUGUCCUUUUGAAAAGCAAAUGUGAGAUGAAGCCAACUUGAUGGAAAGACUGAAUUGAACUAUGCUAUGUAAAUUGCCCAAUGGACUGAUAACAUGUUUUAAAAUUAUUGUUUGGAUUGAUAUUUAUUGGUGACCUAAGAUAUGCUCAGUUCUGUAGGAACAUGAGGAAAAAGUAAGAUACAGGAUAUUUGCAUGUUUUGAGCAGGCACAUUCUAAAUGUAGCCAACUGAAACCCCAUUUAACUAUAGACACACCAAUCCCAGGCACUGGAGGAAGCAUUUCAGAAAGGCAAGUCAGACACCUUUUAUUCAUAAACUGAUAUACAGUGUUGUGUCAGUGCUAAAACUCCUAAAUGGCAGCAUUUUUUGGUUCUGUUAACUUUCAGUGUUUAAUUUGGUAAGAAAAUGGAGUAUUUAACUUACCUUCUAGAUACUCUAUUUUAUACUCAGCACAGUUCAACUUCUGUCCUAUAGCUAUCUCCACAUGGUCUUCUGGUGGUUUCUAAAAUUAUAAUCCCUGUUUUGCGUGUUUGUUUUUGUGACCAGAGCACUACGCAGCUCUGGUUUAUGGUGGUGUGGGAUAUUGAGCGUGGGAUUUUUGAAGCCUUAGGCUCGAGAGUCUCUUUGAAUAAUCAUUAUGCUAUCUACCCUACCCACCCUAAUCCCUGUUUUUAUCUUGCUUUUUGAACUAAUCUAAAGGUACUAUAAAUAUCUACCACUUCUCUCACACGUUUCAAGACUAUUAUCAUCAAGAUAUUAGUCUUCUCUCCCCACCAUCCUUUAUUGCCACCAGGGUUAUUGCUAGGAUUUCAAUGCCAGCACUACAAAUCCAAGGCUCCCAGUGGCCAGUGUUCCUUUUCUUCCUUCCUUCUCUCCCUUCCUUCCUGCAUUCCUUCCCUUCCUUCUUUCAUUUCUUUCUUUCUUCUCCUUUUUAUUUCACAGGACAGAGAUAAAUGGAGAGGGGAGGGGGAGAUAGAAUGACACAGACCUUUUUCAUCAAUUGUGAAGCAUCCCUCCUGUAGGUGGGAAGCAGGGGCUGAAACCUAGAGCUUGAGUAUGGUAGUAUGUGCACUUAACUGGGUGCACCACUGCCUGGUCCCCAAGAUAUUAGUUAUUUUUUUAUAUUCACCUAUUAUUAUUUUUAAAACCAGAUCACUUUCUCAGCUCUGUUAUUGUAGUGCUGGGGAUUGAACAUGGAAUCUUUGGUGGCCCAGGCAUGAAAGUCUCUUUGCAUAACCAUUAUUACUAUUUUCGCAGCCCUCACCUAUACAUUUAAAAACUCUUCAGUAGUUAAUUUACUUUCCUACUGACUUUAUUUUAGUGUUCCUACAGUGAUUAAUCAGAUUUGGGUUAAACAAAUCAGUGGUGAGCAAAAAAAUAACAAUUAAAACAAAAUUACUUAAUAAAUUUUCCAGUGAACUGAGUGUUAUACAAGAAAAUAUAUGAGAAUGACAGUGAUCUUUAGCUGAGAUUUUUUAGAGAUGAUAUUAAAUGUGUUAAUCCUUAAAAUUACACAAUCAAUAACUAGAGAAUGUGAAAGUAGAAAAUAGUUCUAUAAACAUUCUGGCAUAAAUUAUUUUUAUUUAACUAGUAAUAAAAGCCUUAAAAAUGUAUCUCUCAGACCCUAAAGAUAUGCUUACAGUGAGUUAAGCUCAAAGAUGAUGCUUGUAUUUUUGUUUAGUUUGCUGUACCUCUAGUUCUAGAUAUCCUCUGUUAAAAUCAAAAUAAAUUUUAAAAAAACAUCUUAGCAGAAAUGUCAGAUUGAUGACUUUGUGAACAAUAGGUGUUCACUUUUAAAAACUAAAGAUGUAAACAAAUGGCUCAUAUUUAAGUUGAUGUUAUAGUAGAAAAAUUAAAAAAAAUGUGAUCCAUCCUG